AUGGCUUUUAAAGAAAUCAAAUUAGCAAGAACAUAUUCGAGACCAUCCUACCAUCCUUCUCCAUCCUACCAUCCUUCUCCAUCCUACCACCCGUCUCCAUCCUACCAUCCUUCUCCAUCCUACCACCCGUCUCCAUCCUACCAUCCUUCCCCAUCUUACCACCCCUCUCCAUCCCACCCUUCUCCAUCUUACCACCCUUCUCCAUCCCACCCUUCUCCGAGCCGUCCGUCUUCGUCUUCGCAUCCUUCUCAAACCCACCCAUCUCCAUCAAGUCUUUCGUACCCCAGUUACCAUCCACUGCCUUCUCCUCCUGUGUAUCGCCCACCAGGGUACAACAGCAAUUCUGGUAGCCAGCAGAGCAAGCCUAUCGGCUGGAAUGUCCCCGGCGGUCAUCCCUCAGAAGCCAUUGGGCCGCCUAAGACCGUUUCUGGAGUAGGAAACGCUGCUUCAGGUCAUGGAACUGGUAAUACUAAUAGUAGGCCAAUAGGUUUUGUUCCUCCGGGAAGCCCAGGAAGUCAAGGUUCAAAUACACAUGGAUUGCCUGUAGGACCUCCCAAGACUGCUACUAACGUUGGAAGUGGAACAGCACCUCAUUUGGAAAAGCAGCCUGCUUACAACCCACAUUAUAACCCCGCUGGUUACGGACCCCCGCCUGCCUACAACCCAGCUGGGUACGGUUCACCUCCAGCCUACAGCCCCGCUGGUCAUGCCCCAGCUUACAGUCCAAAUGGAUAUGGGCACGCUCCACCAGCAUACAGCCCAGCUGGAAGUCACCCUAACGGAUACGCCCACCCACCUCCUGGGUAUUCUCCUGCAGGACAUCCGCCGCCAUACAGUCCAGGAGGAUACCAUCCACCCGGCCAUACCACAGUAAUUAACAACAACAACUACCAUUACGGUGGCGGUUAUGGAGGUGGUUAUGUACCAACAUAUGUACCUACUUAUCAUUACACCUCACACGAUACAGGUAGUGGUACGUUAGGGUUCUUCUUGGGAUACAGCUUAGCUCGAUUGACGACUCCGAGUUUCCAUUACCAUUCCUACAGUGCCUACGACAGCGCUCCGCGGUACGACCAUUACGAAGUUCACCACUACUACCACAACAAUAACAACAACGUUCCGAAAGAAGCUGAAAUUCAACCGAACGCCGUCGUGACGUGCAUAGGGGAUACCGGCUCGUUUUGUCCAAACGGUACUACUUCUUUGUGUACCAACAACGGUGUGGUAAUGUGCGUGGCCAGUGCAACUACUACGGUACCCUGUACGGACGUUCGCCAGACCAACUGCGUGAAGAGUACGGUUCCUUGUUUGAACAGUACUGCUCCUGAAUGCAAAAACGCAGUCAAUAACCAGACCACCGUUAGUUUACCUUGCAUAUCAACUGCUAAAAUUUACGCAAACGUCACCUACGUUAACAACACCUUGGUUAUUUCUCAGAGUAAUAAUACCGAUGCUGGCAGUAAUUCUAACUCUACUGCUUCUACUAGCUUACCAAUUACCACAACUGAAAGGCCUAAGGAACCUCAGGCGUUCUGCGUUACUAUAUUGGCGUUACCGGCUAAAAGAGAGCUGUCUGAAAGUGAAAUGUUAUUUAACAAAGCCGACAGUUUAUUUGGUAAUUUCGCUGUUAAGGCUUUGGGAAUUGCUUGACAUACGUUAUAUGCUUCAAUGAUCUACUGGUUACUUAAAAAAAUAAUAUGAAGAAAUCUUAAUAUUUUAUUCGUUAUACCUUAAAAUACCGUAAUAUCAGAGCCGUUGCAAUAAUGUGAAAAUAUCUAAAUGGUAUUCCAGCUGUUAUUUGUUCAAUCACAAUGCAGUGAUUGAUUAAUUAAGUAUUCUCUGGUGUAAAUUAUUUUGGAAUGUACUGAUUAACUCGUUUAGAACUUUUGUAGUUAUUCACUUAUUUGUUUAUAUGCUUGAUUCACGGACUGCACGUUCUUGUAUCAUCACGUUUAUUAAAAAUAUUAUUAACGGUUAACGGGUACCUAAUUGUGUCAACAGUUUUUUAUAAUUAUUUCUAGCUUUAUUAAAAAGACAUAGAUUUAUGAAGUAGGUACUCUAUUUCAAUAAUGAUCUUUAAAUUUACAAUAGAGCUUUUUUCUUCUGCAAUGUAAAUAUUUUCUUAUCUGAAUAUCUGAAUGUUACCUGAAAAUUAUCUGAAUUCAGAAAAAUACUCAAGUAUAAUGUCCUAAUUAUAAAAAACAAACAUUUGAUGUUGAACAGUAAAAAAUGUUCAGUAGAAAAUUAUAGCUGUGAUAAAAUAUUAAUAAUAAAACCAUUCAGAUUGUGGUGGUUCUGUUGUGAUUUGAAAUCAAAUAGAACUUUAUAUUGUAUUAACUAUAAUUUUAUAUCAAAUCUAUUUAACACCAAAGAAUCGGUAAAAAAUAUAUUUGUUUAUAAUAAUUCUUCUGUAUACUUGAAGAAAAUUUUAUAUGCUAAGAACAUUCAUGUAAAAUUAAAUUUAGGCAAUAACAUAAUCUUAUGACAAAAAGACAUGUAUGUAUAAUAAUUCAUCAUUUAUUAGGAAUCUUGCUAAAUAAAUUAUUUACAUUUCGAAACUAAACUUAUCUCAAAUUCGGCUCGUCGCGUUUCAAUUAUACAUGUACAAUUUAAUUAAUUAAAUCUGAUAUAUUCUGUUGAAUUUAACAUCCAUAUAAACCCAAAUAUAUUAAUAAUUGUAUAAGUACAUACGAUUUAUUUUCC